GAAUAUGGCAUCCCUCACCUAUGUUAACGAAGAUGGUGCUGGCCAGAAGCACAGCGAUCUCUGCCACUACUCCCAAGCUGUUCUUCUCCCCGGGAACAUUGUGAAAUGCGCUGGGCAGGGUGGCUGGACGAACUCGGGAGACCUCGAUGCUAGCGAUACUCGGAAGCAGGUUGACCUUGCAUUUGAGAACGUCGAUAAGGUACUUCAAGCCACAGGUUUGAAAGGUUGGGAAGACGUCUAUCUUGUCCGGACUUACCACGUCGACAUGGGAGCUUCUUAUGACUAUCUAGUCGAGAAGCUCAAGAAGCGCAUUCCUGGACAUCGACCAGUCUGGACUGCUAUUUCAGUUCCCCGCCUUGCUUUCCCGGAGAUGUUGAUUGAGGUCGAGGUUGAGGCAUUCAACAAUCAAGCUUAACGUUGCCUCCAUUUCAUCAGUGCCUUGAUGUAAGGGUAUUAAAUAUCUUUGAUCUGAGUGUGUGCUAAUGACCAGAAGAUUUCUCCAGUUUCAACCGUCCCGCUUGUUGUGUGUGCGAAUUCUAAGGUGUAACAAAUAUAUAUAUCAGUUAUACAUUCUUUCUGGUUCUAUUCUUAGCAUAAUA